GAACAGAAGACAAGAUCCAGCAUUCCAGGCCGUGUUAUUACAACUUUCAAAUCUUGGGCUGAUAUCAUAGGCGUGUCUCUAAACGUUUUGAUGACCCUGUUCUUUUACGUUUUUGGCGUGUUCUACGUAGUGCCCAAAUUUUUUGGAAUUUUCGGACAGACGGUGUAUUUUCUGGUGGGCACUGCCAUUGCAUACAACAUCUUCGGAAACUUGAUAGCUUGCUACAAGACCGUGAGCUCGGUGGACACAUUGCCACCAGAAAUGAUGGUACCGCAAGAGGGGGAGGAGCACCUGUGGCACUUCUGUGAAGUAUGCCAAAAGACUGUACCGCCGAGAUCCUGGCACUGCAAGGUCUGCCGGGUGUGUAUUCUGAAACGUGACCACCAUUGCAACUUUGUGGGCAACUGCGUGGGAUAUAAUAACCAGCGGUAUUUCAUGUGGUUCUCAUUUUGGGCAGCCUUUGGCAGCGGAUUGGCCUUCUACCAUAAUAUCAAAUAUGCCAACAGGAACGAUAUUUAUUUCUUAGAUAUGCUUUCAAUGAAUGUAGUUCUUUACUACGAGUUUAUGAAACCUGGUACAUACGAUUUGGGACUUCAGUUUGGAGUGAGAUUUGUCUUGGGUUUUAAUCUAUUUGCCAUCGCGUUUCCGGCCUUCCUGUUUCUCACACAGAUCUACACGAUUCGAAGGAACGCUGUAAUGCAUAAUACUUCGGAUCGUACUUAUGAUCUUGGAAUCUAUAGGAACUUUUCGGAAGUCCUUGGCCGUCGUCGUUUUUGGACUUUCCUAUCGCCUAAUAUCAAAAGUCCCCUGCCCCACAAUGGCACCCAAUGGACAUCGAAGCGUAUUGUCUGAACUUAUUUGAUCGUAUCACUCUUGACCAUUGUCUGGCCUAGAUUAUAUGUUUUACUGUGCAUCCCACA